CUUUUCAAAUGCGACUCUGGACUUGAGAGAACCCCAUAGAGAGAAAAGAGAGAGAGAGAGAUAGAAGAACACAUUAUAUGAGCCCAUAAAAAGAAAAAGAAAAAGAAAUUAAGAAAAAAUGGCUUCUAAAAAGUUCAACUAUUUCUCAUUGUUAUUUCUGACCUUGGUUGCUCUUCCUAUUGCCCAGAGUACAACUAUGGAAGCAAGAAAAUCCACUGGUGUCAACCAGUUUUGCACUACUGCCAGCCAUAAGGAACUUUGCACAAAAAUGGUGAAUGAUGCUACAAACAUGCACGAUGCAACACAAAAUGCCAUUUUGGCUACGCUUGAUCUUGCAAAAAAAAUUCAUUUCAUGUCUCAUUUGAUAGAACCGGCUAUUGCAACAUUGGAGCCAAUAAGCCAGGAAUCGGUUCGAAGUACCUGCAAGGACAAUUUUGAAAACACCAUCGACGAUCUCGAGACAAGUCUUCAAGCCCUAAAAGACAAUGAUCAAGGCACGUUGUUGACACUUUUGAGCGCAUCGAUCAGUUCCGAUUGUGAGGACGCACUUAAGCAAUUUGGUGUUGAUAACCCAUUGGGCAAAAUCACUGGACAUUUGGCUAAAGAAGUGGAUAAUUGCUUGGCUGUGGUGCAGCAAAUCUGAGCUCCUUAAGGAUCUAGAAAUGCUAAAUAACUUGGAACACUUUUGGCAUCUAGUCGUGGACAGGGACUCGACAGAAUAAUGGAGAAAAUUUUAACUUUUUGUUUUUUUUAACGAUUUUCUAGUGCUAUACAAUUAUCCUUAUCGAACAUGUCGGAAAUAUAUAGUACACUCUUCUGUACAUAGCUUAAUCUGUUUGCAUACGUACUUGUAUAUUUGCCUACAGAAUUGAGUCUUGUUUUGGUAAAUUUGAAUUUUUAUUCAAGUAAUCUUUAUGUUGAAAAAUUAUAUCGAUAUUGUGUAUAUCAUAUUUACAAAACAUGUAAUUUAUGUUCACGAAAUCUAAA